AUGGCAACGCUGUGCCUAUCGACUACGGUUGCGAUCCUGUUGCUGUGCGGAAUUGCGCUUCACCAGCACGAUCAGGACAGCUCCCAAUGCAUGGGGCCUUCCAUUGCGAAGCAGAAGAAGAGGGCAAAUGGCACCACUCGGUCGCCAGUGGCCCUCAGACGUGUUCUGGGUCAGGGGCAAGGCAGCACCGUCUACAAGGCCCGCUACCAUGGUAAAGAUGCCGUGGCAAAGAUUGUGUCCUGUGCCGACACAUCCAGGGACGAUUUGUGGGGUGUGCAUGCCGCGAAGCGGUUAGAGCAUCCAAAUUUGGUGCAAGUGUAUACCGUGGGGAGGGUUGUGGACGGCUUCCCUGCAGCUAGAAACGUGGACACAGAGGGAAGUAUUUGGGGAGCCAAUUUCAGCUUCGGUAGUGGGAAGGCAGAUGACAGGUGCUCAGCAACAGAAAAGGGAUUCAUCAAGACCUGCAUAGUCAUGGAGCGUUGCCGUCUGGGCAACCUACGCAGCGCCAUCCGCCGGGGGUGGUUCUGCCACACAGGCCAGUUCAAGAAUCCUAAGAUGCUGCACAUCGUGACCGUGGCCCACCAGGUGGCGCUUUCCAUGAAAUACUUGCACUCCUGUGGCAUCAUCCAUGGCAACCUGCAGCGCAGCAAUGUCUUGCUGCACAAGCGCGUCAGCCUCUGCACCAAAAGUCAGAUCACUGUUAAAGUGUGUUUGUCCAUGCUCAGUCACUGGGAGGGGAAUCGGAUAUGUCACCCAGACCUGGAGGCCUUCCCGCUGACUUCACUGCUCCACAUGGCCCCCGAGGUGCUGCAGGGCGGCGCAACCAGCAAAGCAUCGGAUGUCUACUCUUUUGGUGUUCUUUUGUGGGAGGUGGUGACAGGCAGGGAGGUCUCAGGGGAGUCCCAGCGUCGCGACUUGGUGGAAUUUAUAAGGGAUGGACACAGGCCAAAGGUUCCCGCAUAUUGUCACCCUGGCUACGCCGCCCUCAUCGCAAGCUGCUGGAACCAGGAUCGGCGCAAGCGACCUGGAUUUGAUGUGAUCGUCUCCAGACUUGCUGAGAUGUUGUCAGAGCUUGCGAGGCUUCAGGACGUGCACGCAACUGCGCCAGCGACACUGCCUGCUGCAUCCUGCACAGGUAUUGGUGGCUCGCCUGCGAGUUUCUUUGACACUGCGCAUGCCCUGGGGGAGCUGCCCUUGGAGCCAGCUGCUACGGCUGUGGCAACUUCUGCUGAGGCAGCACAGAUUGGACUGAACGAGCCUGGACCAAAUAGAGGAGCCUGA